GUGACCCUUCUGGCCGGCGGUUUGCCCCGUCUCACCGCCUAUUUUGCCAACCUAACUUUUUCUCUCACUCCAUCAUGUCCUCCCUGUCGUGAAAUUCUUCUGUAUUUCUCACUCUCUGAAUUUUUUUUUGGCGCGGUUUCAUGGUUCUAAAAAACGUAGACUUCUUCUACUUCGAGUCAAUUUCGUCAGGAUCUCUACCCACCUAAAGCCCGGCUUGGGUGAUGGCUACCUGCUCCUCUGUGGCUACUGAAACACAGUACGAGACGGUGAUCUCGACGAAUACUAUCACCACCUUCUCGCAGAGCAUUCAAACCAUCCCGGGAGCCACAACCACAAUCGUCCAACCGUCAUGCUUGUCCUCCGCAGGCGGCACCUGCGCUUCUUCAACCGACAUCACCGGAGUCAGUACUCUAGCUGACACUGUCACGACCGUAACCCUCCCCUAUAUCGUGACCGUCAUCGAAACAAACCUCAAUCCGACCCUCACACUCUUCGCUUCGUGUACCGCCACUUCACUCUCCGCCUCAACUACCUCCGCCUCUACGUCUGCCUCCGCCUCCACUUCCGCCUCUACCUCCGGGACUCCCUCCACUACAACUAGUGUCUCGUCCAUUUCCUCCACGAGCCAGACUUCGUCGUCGUUCGUGACCACGAGCACACCGUCUCCUUCCGUGCUUACCGUGGAAAGGUCGUCUGUCCUCGAAAAUGGUCAGACUAGUACCAUCUAUAACACUAUCACGAUGUUCUAUUCCCCUUCGGUGAUCUCCGGCUCGGCGAGUACCACAGGGGCUUCUCAGUCGUCGGGAGCAGUCAGUGGUAGUUCAUCAAGCUCUUCAAGCAGUAAUCUGGGCGGCAUAUUGGGAGGGGCAUUGGGUGGGUUCUUCGGCCUCAUAGGCAUUGUCGCGCUCUUCUGGAUGCUCUGGAGAGCGCUGAGGCGCCGAGGGCUGUUCAGGUCCAGCAACGUGUCGCUCGAAGACGAUGACCAGCAUCCCCGCCCCAUUUCCCGCCGUAGAUCAGGGCGCAACGUCGACCUCACCAUUGAACCCAAGCCAUACGAGUACGGCCUGGUCGGACGCCCAAAUUCGUAUGCUACGAAUGCCUCGACCCCGCCCACCUCUCCUCCCAUUCCUGGCGCUGGCCCAGUUUACGCCGGUUCACCACGGCCAGACAACGCCUCCCGCUCUUCUACCAUGAAUAUGUCCAUGGGUCGCCCGGACUCCACCACUAUGCUGCUUGGCGCAUCUUCGUCUCCGAGGUCCAAGGGACGACACGGCGGUACUCCAGGGCAGAGCCAGCCCGACCUAAUGUACCACGGUUCCAGGAGUCCUUCUCCGACUCAUUCGGCUCCUAUGAAUUAUUCCUAUAACCACCCGAACACACAAAGGAGGGGAAGCCAGGGAAGUAGUGUCCUGAUUCCUUCGAGACCUGCGUCAGUCCAUGCAUUGGGCGGGCCCAGGGAGAGGCGUUAUUCGAACAACUCGUUACUCAACUUUGGAGGCACGGGAACGCCACUUCAAGCUCAAGCUCAGCAGAUGGACUACUUCGCUCCCAUUGGCGCGGAUCCUACUACUGGCAGCAGGCCACGCAGUCUGGCUACUCCUUUAAGCCCGGAAUUGCAGACCAUACCGAUGCCAACUACCAGGACUUCGAACGCUCCUCAGGCUCCCUCGAGUGGCUCACCUAUUGCGUUCCCGUCGGGUGCUGUGACCAUGGGCUCGGGAACGUCUAAUAUAUCAGGCCCACCUGCUCGCCCUGUUAAAUCGCCGAGGAGGUCCCGUGUGGCGUCGGAGGUACUUGGUCUUGGUGGUAGUGGAGGUGGGGAAAGUAGUACCGAAGAGAGGCACUUGAUUGCGCACAAGGAAGGGGGGAGGGUGCCGUCGGUUGGGACUAGUGGUGAGGGGAUGACUGGGGAGUCGGGGACGGGGAAUGUCACUGGAGAGGAAAGUGGCGAUGGAGAAGGGUUGGCUCCGUUGGCGCACGCGUAUGGUCGUGGAUCCUCUCGUCCUCUUUCCGUCUCUCCACUUCCUCCCAUCUUACCCGUUUACUGUCCCACGACCCCUCGAUCGUUGGCAGCGAUCUAUCUUCGACUUUUUCGUCUUGCGCCAUCUCCGUCCUCUCUGUCUCGUGCUUGGAUUGCUGCCCGAAGUUCCGGUGACCCUGUCAUGAUUCGCGCUCCUACUUACUCGUUUUUGUUGAAUUAUUGUGCAUCCGACAUAUUCGACUCGUUUAUGUCGUCUCGCCGCAGUGGCGGUGGCGCGUGGCGUGUAUACACGAGAAGCUGUGCGGAUCGUUCACUCUUUAGUGAAUGCAGGCAAGGCGAUGAGCGUUCCAAAGCGUGGUGA